GACCGUCUAUAUAGACCUUCGAGUCGGCCGCUCUGCUCGACUCUUCCACUCACCAUCCUCCAUUCUCUCUCCUCUCCUCUCUCCUCAUCCAGACUCCAACUCCCUGCUUCCCCCCAUACAACCACAACCUCCAUCCACCAUGUCGACCAACCCCCGCUUCGACCCCAACUUCACUCCCUAUGUCGUCAACGCCAUGGGACCCAAGACCCCCGAGCGCGCUCGCGUGGUCCUGGGCGCUCUGAUCCGUCACAUCCAUGACUUCGCCCGCGAGGUCGAGCUCACCUCCGCCGAGUGGAUGAUGGGUGUUGAGUUCGUCAACUCCAUCGGCAAGAUCAGCACUCCCGUCCGUAACGAGGGUCACCGUAUCUGCGAUGUCAUCGGUCUGGAAUCCCUUGUCGACGAGAUCGCCAACAAGAUUGUCACCGAGCAGGGACUUUCCCCCACCUCCAACGUCAUCCUCGGCCCCUUCUGGUCUCCCAACGCCCCCUUCCGUGAGCUUGGCGACAGCAUCAUCCAGGACCCCAACCCCAACGGCAAGGUCACCCUGAUGCACGGUGUCCUCAAGGAUAUGGAGACCGGCGCCCCGAUCGCCGGUGCCGUGCUCGACAUCUGGCAGGCGUCGGCCAACGGCCAGUAUGACUUCCAGGACGACAACCAGUCCGAGAACAACCUCCGCGGCAAGUUCCGCUCCAACGAGAAGGGCGAGUUCCACUGGUACUGCUACCACCCGACCCCUUACUCUCUGCCCACCGACGGUCCCGCCGGUGUCCUCCUGAACAUCAUGGACCGCUCCCCCAUGCGUCCCGCCCAUAUCCACCUCAUGAUCACCCACCCCGACUACGCCACCGUCAUCAACCAGAUCUACCCCAGUGACGACCCUCAUCUCGACAUCGACUCCGUUUUCGCCGUCAAGGACGACCUCGUUGUCGAGUUCAAGCCCCAGACUAAGGACCCCAAGGCCCAGCUCGACCUCGAGUACAACGUCACCAUGGCCCUGAAGAAGCACCACCCCAACCCCAACUCCGCUCCCCCCGUCUCGUCCUUCGAGCGCUACAACAAGGGCAAGUUGUAAGCGGGCGUGGCCCCCUCACGGCAUGAAAGCACUGAAGAAUUGAGCAUUGAAAGCAUUGAUUGAUGUACAUAGUUUCAACAUUUCUCGGAUUUCAGCGAUGUUAUUUUUUUUUUAUUUCAAAACCGCCCCCUUCAUGAGGGCCCGGUGAAUUGAUUUGUUCCAAUGAG